AUGUGCUGGUGGCGAAACGACCAGGGCAUGAACCCGAUUCAUCUUGCAGCCAUGAACGGGCAUGUCGAGAUUGCGCAACAUCUCCUUGAAGAGAGCUCUUUGCCCGCGAUGGAGAGACUGGAACGCGGACAGACUGUGCUGCACUUGUGUGUGAAGCAUGGGCAGCUUAGGGUUUUGAAGGUUUUGGUGGAGAAGUUGGGAGAGCUUGUGUGUGCAAAGGAUGAUGAUGGGGAGACAUUAUUGCAUCUUGCUGUUAGGUGCAAUCAACUUGAGACUAUUAAAUACUUGGUGGACAACAAAAGCGUAGAGAAGCAAACACGAAACUCGAUGGGCAAAACAGCCCUCCAAAUCUUGAACGAGAGUCCUCCAAGCACCACCACCGCCGCUUCAUACUCAAAGAUGAGAGAUCUGUUAACAAAUCUGAAGAACGAGUCAUUUUUCGAAGUCCUCCCGAAGAUGACGGACGUGACAAUGGUGGUGGUGGUCCUGAUCGCCACCAUGGCCUUCCAGGGAGGGCUCAGUCCCCCGGGAGGCGUGUGGCUAGACAACACGCCAUCCCACAAGGCAGGGGAAGCCGUGCUGGCAACCACCCACCCGGACAGAUACAGACACAUGGUGCACGCCAACACCACGGCCUUCGUGGCUUCCAUCAUCACCAUCUUCCUCGUCACCACGGGGCUCCCGGCCACGCACUUCUUGUUCAUGGCGUCGUCUGUGUACGGGAUGUGGGUGGCGCUGAUCGCUAUCGCCAUCAGCUACUCAGUGUCGGUGUCGGUGAUCACUCCCAAUGUAAGGGGGAAUCUGGUGGUUGUGACUGCGGGGGCGGUGGCAGCGAACGUGUUUGGAGUGUUGUCGGCAUAUGUUGUUGUGAGGAAGUUGUAUCUGUCGUGGAAGACCAAGAAGCGGCUGCAGCUUAAUCUUGCGGAUGAUGGUUUCAUACGUCGUUCUUUUUAUUGGAUUUUUCAGCUGUUGGAGACCCGAGGGUUUUUGAGAGCCGAUCGUUGA